AUGUUUUCCCCAUUUCCCCUCCUCCGUCUUCCUCGAUUGGUCCUGAGCGAAGUAUUUAAAUUGUUGAGUAUCGGUGAUAAAAUCAUGCUCUCCCUCUGCUCCAAAAGAAUCUCUACCCAAAUCAAUAAUGAUCGUUUGUACUCUCAAAAAGUUAUACUCGAUCUGCACGAUUUUGACGGAAAAAUCGUAGUUCACUUUGAAAACGACAGAGAUACAUUUGAAAUCUUCAUUUCCCCAGAAACCGAGAGAACUUUCAGAUCAAAUGCUCGACAAUAUUCUAUCGCAGGUUGUACUGUAAGAGUUACUAAAACCCGAAACGGAAUUAGAACACUCUGGAAGAAUUAUCAAGAUCAGAAAGAAGGAUUUCGCUCUGUUAUUCGACAUCUAUCGAAUAUGUUUCAAUGCAAGAUUCCAACUGGGAGUAAUUGCUGUGACAUUGUUUUAUUUGAAACAAGAGUUUCACUGUUGUUUGAUCUGCAAGUGGAAUUCGAGAGUCUCUGUGUUCGCUUUACAGGAUCAAAAGAUGAAAAUUUGUUGUUUAACCAGUUAUCCAGUGGCUUUAGACUGGUUGAGGAUCUUUGCAUCUCAUCUACUCCUGAUCCUGGUUUCAUCCCAGUUUUCUCUUCGUGGCCACAAGAAAUUAGUAUCUGGAGUUCCGCUUGGUUCACUUUGGAACAUCUUUUGGAGAGCACUUGCACUAGAAUUACACUUUGGAUUUCUCUACUGAAAAACAAGGAUUUGGAUGAGAUACUCAAGAAUUGGAAAGCUGGAAGGUUACCGAAUCUAAAACAUCUAUCGAUUGAUAGCCUGAACAUCACAAAUAAUGGAGAACAUAUUCUGGGAAUGAAUUUGAGGGAACUAGACGGAAUGGCUAUCCAAACGGAUGAUGGAUUAAAGAAGGCAACUAUUGAACGUCGAACCCAUGAUAUUUCGAUGUUUGUGACUCCAUUGGAAUGA